AUGAAGAAGACGGAUGAGAAUGAGUUAUUAUAUGUAUUUAUAGCUCUCCGUGCAUUCAUUAAAGGAUUCGAUCAUUGUAGACUUGUCGUAGUUGUUGAUGGUAGUCAUCUGACAGGAAUGUAUACUGGAACAUUUGUAAUUGUAUGUACGAUAGAUGAAGCAGACAUUAUGGAGUCAAUAAAUGGAGUACUUGUAUCAGCUAGAAAACUGCCAAUUUAUGAUUUUCUUGAGGAAGUUCGAUUGUUGUUUACAAAAUGGAACUGCGAAAAUAGGCAGGAGGCUUCAUAUACAUUCACAAUACUCAUUGAAAAAUUUAAUGACAUACUUAGAGAGAACAUGGCUUUGUGUACUCGUAUGAAGGUUGUACCAGCCACAGAAUAUGUGUACACGGUGCAUGACAAACAAAAGUACUUCAUCAUUUGCCUCAAGGAAAGAACGUGCUCAUGUAAUGCAUUUCAACUCGAUGAGAUAUCAUGUGCACAUGCUUGUGCGGUAUUAGACAACAAAAAUUUUCAGAAGGGACCAUAUUAUUGUGAUUUGUAUAAGUCAAAAACUGUGUUGAAGACAUAUGAUAUUUCAAUCUAUCCUUUACCAUACAAAGAUGAUUGGAUAAUUUCAGUUAGCAUACUUGGUGAAAUAGUACUGCCUCCGAAGUUCAAACAGCCUUCAGGAAGACCUGCAAAGAAGAAUCAUGGAUAA